AUGAUGUUGCGAUCAGAGCUUGUGAAUCGUCUUUCUGGCGCCGCCGCAGGAACCAACUUGCUGGCGGUGUGCCGAGGCCUUUCUUCCCCCGCCCCCCGCCAAAGCCGUGGGGCUUUGGUGCCCAUUCAGCCUCCUGUACAUCCCCGCAUAGGCGACUGUCGGUCGUCGGUGCGGCAUUUGGAAGCCCACCGGGUGAAUCCACGGGACGAGAUGGGCGAAGGGGGAUGGCGUCGAGUCGUGGUGCGCAAGGUGGCGGGGUGUGGGGACGCUGCGCCGCGGAGGAACCCGGUGGCGGGCUGCAUGCCGGACGCCGUGCUCGCCAAGAUCUUCUCCCUGGUGCCUUUCGGUCAGAGGCUUCUCGUGCUUCCCCUCGUGUGCAAAAACUGGGCUCGAGUGAUGCAAACAGAACCUGCUGUCUGGCGGUCGUGCAGCCUUGAUGCAACAAACUGGAGGGGGCAUCAUGAGGGUGAGAUGGAUGCUGACCAUGUGGUGGACUGGUUUGCCAGGAGGCCAGCACAAAUGGAAAGGCUGUUCAUCGAUUUUGCUGGCUUCGAACUGCCUGUUCUGGGCCUGCUUCUUGGGAUGAUGAGCAAGACUUUGAUGAUGGUACGGCUCAAGAAUGGCACAUUUUCCAUUGAGCACUCACUGGGAAUCCGUUGUGCACAGCGGCUGAGGUACCUUUCGCUCCAGUUGAAGGGCGAUGCGCAGUGGGGAGCAAUUCGGAGCCUGUCCGCUCUGAGACAACUUUCGAUUCUAGAAGUCUCCUUUGUGGAGCAGCCGCGACUAGGCAGUGCAAACGUGAGAAUGAGCUCGAUCGAGGAAAACAAUGUGUUCUCGUUUCCUCAGUAUUUUGAAGAGUUGAGGCUGACGAACUGGGGCCAUGUGGGGCUUGACCUUCCAGAGGGAGUGUUUUGCAAUUGGGGUGACCUGCGGGUACUAGACCUGCAACACACAACAGUGCCAUACUUGCCCGAGGCUGUGUCCAAGCUGAUGCGGUUGGAGGAGCUCAAAGUUACGGUGUACAAGGGAUAUGUUCGCAGCAAUAACCUGCUCCCAGCCAUCUUUGUCAGCCUGACAGCGCUGCCUGCCUUGAAGUCACUGUACAUAGGAUCGGACGUUUGCCAGUUUAGGUUCUGUUCAAUGAUUUUCAAAAUGACCCAGCUGGAGAGUCUGGAAUUCGAGGGCUUCUCAUUCAUUCAGCCAGUCUCCUGCGAGGAAGAAGACGUUGAGCUGGUGGACCUUAUUGAAGCCCUGAACCACCUGCCGUCGUUAACACACUUUGGGUUGCAGAAAUGCCGCCUUCAUUUCUGCCCACUGUCGUUUCGGGGCGUGUGCGGGCUGCGCUCGCUCAACUUGGCCCGCAACAGUUUGUCCGAACACAACAAGGCCAUGCCGUCGGGCGCGUGGCUCUCCACCCUCACCGCCAUGGAUCUGUCCGACAACAGACUGGACAGAAUUCCCAAGGCACUGAGGGAAGCAACGGCGCUUGUGGAGCUGGAUUUGAGCUGGAAUGUGUUUGAGAUCAAUGAUGAGGAUGUGGAUUUGAUCCUUGGCAUGAAGCAUCUUCGGAAACUGGUAUUGGGAGGGGAGGAGCGGACGUGGGGAAGACAAUCUGUGCAUAGUCUGAUGAGACUGGCCAGGAUCGACCCUAAUUUGCUGGUUGUGGUGUGA